AUGCCACUGAUCACAGCCACUUUCAUGGCCCUUGCCUUGUGCUUCGCCCCUGCACCUGCAGUGGGUGCAGCGGCGACACUCUCGGCGCCGCGUCCGCUGCGGGGCAACGACACGCUGGUCUCGGCACAGGGCAAGUUCGAGCUCGGCCUCUUCAUCCCUGCUGGCAGCUCCGGCGACAGGUUCUACCUCGGGAUCUGGUACAAGAACAUCCCCGGCCAGACCAUCAUCUGGGUGGGCAACCGCGCGAGUCCACUAUCUGCUGUCGCCUCCGCCGAGCUCCGUGUCUCCGCUGACGACGGCAACCUCGAGCUCGUCGGUCCCACCGCUGCCUCCACCUCGCCGGUCGUCGUGUGGUCUUCGAACCUGUCGUCUUCCUUGUCGCCGGGCUCAAACAACACGGCGGAGAUCCACGACAACGGCAACCUGGUCCUUGUCGACGGCAGCAACUCCUCCAACGUGCUGUGGCAAAGCUUCGACCACCCGACGGACACGCUGGUGCCAGAAGCGUGGAUCGGGGAAAACAAGCUCACCGGCGAGUACCAGGCGUUGACAUCGUGGCGGAACGCCCAGGACCCCGCGCCGGGGAUCUUCAGCGAGACGCUCGACCCGAACGGCGCUAGCGAGGUCUUCUACAUGUGGAACCGGUCCCGCGUGUACUGGCGGACCGGCGUCUGGAUGGGCCAAGCCUUCGCGAAGCUGCCAGAGGCGACGAAAAACACCAUCUACAACGGGACGUACGUCGAGACGCCGGCGUACCGGCGCGUCAUCAACGUGCUCUACGACAAUGCAACCAUAACACGCAGCGUGCUCGAUCCCACCGGCCAGGCACAAAUGUACAUUUGGAUGCCCACGAGCCAGAGCUGGCAGCCCUUGUGGACCGGUCCCAUGUUGCAGUGCGACGUGUACGCGCUCUGCGGCGCAUUCGGCGUUUGCGACCAGGGAGGCAAGCUACCUUGCCACUGUCCGCCCGGAUUUGCCCCGGCGUCGGAGGGGGACUGGACGCUCAACGAUUGGAGCGGUGGGUGCCGCCGGAGCUCGCCGCUCACGUGCGCGCACGAUGGAUCAAGGACGGACGGGUUCCUGAUGCUGCCAGACGUGAAACUUCCCGAUGACUCGGUCACCGUGGGCGCUGCCCAGAGCAAAGUAGAGUGCGAAUCGGCUUGCCUAAAGAGCUGCUCUUGCCAAGCCUAUGCCUUCUCUGUCAGGGAGUGCACCGUCUGGUACGGAGAGCUCCGCAACCUUCAGCAGCUCUACUUGGACUCUGACAGCCCCGGGUCAGACCUGUACCUUCGGCUUUCAGAAAGAGGAUUGCAAGAUCUCCAUAGCGUAGACAGGGAGAAAAUGGGGAGAAAGUUAUGGUUUGUCCUUGGCAUCAUAUUGGCUGGUGUUGCAGCAGUGGGGGCAUCGAUCAUACUACUAGCCUGGAGGAUUGUUCUUGCCCGAAGGAGACUAGUCAGUAUCGCAAAUGAGAAUGUAUCCUCCUUGGCCGUGUACAGUUACAGCGACCUCCGUGCCGCAACGAAGGACUUCUCGGAGCGGCUGGGCCGCGGUAGCUUCGGCUCGGUGUACCGCGGUGUCCUGAAGCGGCAUAAGGGAGACAACUCAAUCAGAGUCCAGGUGGCAGUGAAGAAGCUUGAAAGUCUUGGGCGGCAGGGCGACAAGCAGUUCCGGACGGAGGUGAGCACGCUGGGGCUCAUCCAGCACGUGAACCUCGUACGGCUCCUCGGGUUCUGCUCGUCGGGCGACGAUAAGAUGCUCGUCUAUGAGUACAUGCCCAGAGGCUCCCUCGACGGCCUCCUCUUCCGUGACGGCGCGUGCCUGAGCUGGCGCGACCGGUACUGCAUCAUGCUCGGUGUGGCCAGAGGGCUGGCCUACCUGCACCACGGCUGCCGCGAAUGCAUCAUACACUGCGACGUCAAGCCGGAGAACAUCCUGCUGGACGAGGACAUGUCGCCGAGGAUCGCCGACUUUGGGAUGGCGAAGCUGGUGGGGAGGGACUUCAGCCGCGCGCUGACGACUAUGCGGGGCACCAUCGGGUACCUGGCGCCGGAGUGGAUCUCUGGGCAGCCUAUCAGCGCUAAGGCCGAUGUGUACAGCUUCGGCAUGGUGCUCUUUGAGCUCAUCUCAGGACGACGUAACUCCAAAGGGUACAGUGAGUUGGAGGCGGCAAGGACCGGUGGGAGUGAGUCCUCCUUGACCUUCUUCCCAGUGUGGGCCGCUGCAAAGGUUUUGGAAGGUGAGGUGGGCGCCGUGGCUGACCCGCGGCUGCGCGGCGAUGUGAUGCUGAAGGAGCUGGAGCGGGCGUGCAGGGUGGCAUGCUGGUGCAUCCAGGACGAGGAGGCGCAGCGCCCAACCAUGACGCAGGUCGUGCAGGUGCUCGAAGGCGUCGUCCACAUCCAAGCGCCGCCGGUGCCACGAACGCUGGAGCACCUUGUCGAGAUGUGUUAA